AAAGCAAGGCACAACGUAGUCAGGGUCUAGGGUGGGCUUAGUCUCUUAAGAUUAUCCCCAAGACAAAGAGCGAUGUCGUUGUUGACGAAGGCCGGUGGUGUUGUUUCCCUUUCAAUUUUUGUGGCAUUAGUAGCGUAUCUGCACCGAAGCUACAAUGAUAAAAUCCUCAACGAUCGCUUAGACUCUGUGUUGAGAGGAUUGCUUCGCGCAGAGAAAAAAGUUGGCUUUGAAACACGGACUAGAGUUGCAGUUGGAUUUGGCGCCUGUGUGGACGGAUUUGUUAAUGCAACUGAUAUUUUCCAUAACUUAGGUUUCAUUCCACCAGAUAUACCUGAGCAUUACAGUGUGAUAAGGGACCAAGAUGAGCUAGGGAAAGUUUUUUCGUACUUUUUUAGACACGGAGCUGCUGGAGAGAGAUAUAUUGAAAACAGGACUCUAUUUGAAUCCAUUGUAAAUGAGGCAAGGCGGCAUUCCUUCACUAGGUGGGCAGUUGGUGGAAAUGCUCCAGUGAUGGCCCAGAGGUUUGCGAAAGAGGGAUGUGAAGUGAUGCUUGGAGCCAAAGUUUCUCCCCAUCUUGCUGGCCUAUUGGGAUCAAAUAUUAAAAUUGCUGGAGACACAAUAGACGAUGAGGACAUUCACAUAGCCUUAGAAUAUGCUACAGGGACAUCUUGGGGUAACUUCAAAUCUCCAAGGGCCAACAGAUUUUUUAUUCACAGUGACCAGUUUAAUCCAUACAUUGACUCCCUUGAACUGUUCAGCCAAGCAGCAGCUUCUUUCUCUCCCCAACUACUUGUUGUUGGAGGUCUGCAGAUGAUGGAUAGUUUUCCUUUCAAGCCAGGUGUCCGCAAAGAACGCCUACAAAAGCUUGGAGAAGUUUUAGCUUCUACUUCAAAGAAGACCAUGAUUCAUUUUGAAAUGGCCUCAUUCAGUGAAGAAGCACUUUUGCAAGAUUUGGUAGAGCAUGUUAUCCCAUACUCAGACUCACUGGGGAUGAAUGAGCAGGAACUGCCCAAUUUAUACAGUGCUUUAAUGAAUGGUACUGCGACAUUAAUAUCAGAUGCCUAUCCCAGGAUUGCUCAUGUGCUUGAUCAGAUGAGAGCAGUGUAUAAAAUUCUCGGUCAAACAUCAGAAAAAAAUAAUAGGAGAAAACUGACAAGACUCCAUGUUCACACCUUGGCUUACCAAGCAAUUAUAACCACCUCUGGCUCGCCAUGGAAGAACACCAUGUCUGCUGCUGCUAAGGCCUCGUUAACAGCAAAUCGCCAUGUCUGCGGGUCCAACUUUAUUCAUUUGGAAAAAGCAAGGUUAAUUAUUGAUGAAUCUUUUGCUGCUAGUCAGGCACACGGAAGCAGAAGGAUUUCAUUUGAGAAUAAUCGGCCAGUGUCAUGUUGGAAAGAGGGCAACUACGAGUUUUGUGUUGCUCCGGUUCUUGUCUGCACCCAAGUGUUUCAAACUGCUGGAGGUGGGGAUAAUGUUUCUUCAGCAGGGCUUGCAGUGCAGAUUUAGAGGGAAAAGUCCAAAGUCAGUUCAAAAUAUAUAGGGUGGAUUGAAAAUUUACUACUUUAAACCACUGAAGAAUUCUCCUUUAUCAUUCUAUGAAAUUUCACUUGGUACUAAAUCAGUGUUGCCUCUGGUGCUUAAAAACUUUCACUCAAAAGCCUUGGUAACAUCUGUGUAGUAAUCGAAAAUAAUAGUCGAUAAGUGCAAUGUUGGAAAGAAUCAUUGAGAGGUUUCACCUUCGAUUUCUUAAAAUAUCUGAUUAAUUGAUCUCCUUCACACUAACAUAAUGCUUUUACACAUCUUCUAUUUGUCUUGGCUUCUACCAGGUAGACUUUUGAUUACAAACUGUUUUGCUAAUCUCUUUUACAUUCUUUUAUGAAGUCAGACACCAUUUGGUGAAAUUCAUAUUAUGUGGUCUUGAUAGUAGUUAAUGUUGAUCCAUCCUAUUGAAGAUGGAGGGAAUUAAGCAUUAUUAAAAAUGCUAAACCAUCACCAGGGAGACUUCAAACUGCUAGAUACUGGCAGUGCUUAUUAUUUGGACUAUCAUUUUAGUAUUCAGUGUCAUUUGGAUAUUUCAGUAUCAUCUCCAAGAGGUAAUACCAAGUAAGGUACUGGGUGUAAAUUUUGUUGUACUAUAGAGAAUUAUUUUUGAGAAGUUGAAAUUUAAAGGGGAAUGUAUUUUAUCUACACAACACACAUCUUGUGUGCAAAAAAGCAAUAUUUUUUAAAUGGUCCAAACUAAGGGUUUGUUAAUCAUUUACAGAUACAAUUCAGGGUCAUAAUGUUGUCUGUUGAUUGGAAAGAUUUUUUUCUUGACUGUUAUAUGUAGGUAAAAUGAUUUUGACAUUUAGACAUCAGUCAAAUUUAAGUCUAUUUUUGUACCUUUUAUCCAUACAGUUGGAUAGGGUUAAGUGCUUUCAACUCAUUUCAUAAUUAUGUAAUACACACUUAGCAAUAUUUUUAUAGGAUGAAAUGCACAAUCAGUUACUUUUUAAAUAAGAACCCACUGUUAACCAUAUUGUAUUGUUUUCCCAGCAACACUAUUUUAAAGUCCCAUUUAAUUUUUUGUGAAUGUCAUUAAGUUUUUUGUGAAUGUUUGUAUCUCAACAUGUAUGUUUCAAAGGUGUAAAGACAGUGAACCAUUUCAUUACCAGAACCUGGUAAUUUUAGAUGUUUAUUGCACUCCAAAGAUUUCAUUGCAUGAUUGAGCAAUAUUUUUGUGAAACAAAAAUACCAAUAACAUCUGUGAUUCAAAUUUUACUUUGGAAAUGGAAUUAAAAUAAAGUGCUCAACUUUU